AUGGCUGAAACGCUUUUCCUUUGCCUCUCCUAUAUUGCUGAAUCAUCGCAUGAACCUUCGGAGUCAUUCCAAGGCAAUUUUGCGAAUGAUUAUCCAGUCGAGCAACUUGGGACAAAGAAUAAAUAUGAAAGUAACGAUAUAAUGGACGUCUCUUCCAUGGCUUAUCAUCAGUCUCUUCAGCCUUCCCGAUGGAUAGAGAUAUUCUCCAGUGCUUAUAAGGCUCCACAAAACCAAAUAUCGACAAUGACGCUUCCAAACAAAUCCCUUCCAAAGCCAAGAAGCGUCAGGGAUAAUCUCAGCUUUGAGAUGGGGGAAUCAUCACGAAAUCCUUUUUUGUCUCACCGAGCAACAGAAUCUGCCAGCGUUGACACAGGUUCCGGUAGUGCAAGUUCAAAAGGAGCGGAAAAUCCGAAACCUGAUCGGGUUGAUCAAGCGUCAUCGAGCAGCCAGAUAGCCGCCAACGGGGAUAUCGGAGCGGAGGGCGACGUGGAGCUUGAUGCAUUGAUUAGACGUGUCCUUGGGUCCUCGUUAAUGGAGGCAGAUCAAACAAAAGCAAGUGCCGAGCACCUCAGCGAAGGAACCACAGUGUUAGGCAAGGGCAAGCAGCCUAUGCGGCCCGCCGUCAUAGAUAUCAGCUUGCUGGAGGGAAAUAUUGACCGAACUCGUGACGCAAACCAAGUUAAUGGCAAGGGGAAACAACCUGUCAGGUCUGCUUUGGAACAGCCAUUUUCUCCAUACAGAAUACCAAGCCAAGAGCGUGGAAAAAGCUGGCUACCAAGUUCAAAUGUGUCUAAUCUACACGCAGCUUGUACAACUGCCCAAUCUGCAUCAGGGCAAUUCAAUAACGAACAGGACUAUAUACAAAGAAAUAAGAUGAUAGGGCACGGCAGGAACGGCAACAUUGAUUCAACAGAAGACCAGUCAGAGGAAGACGAAGAAUACAAUGACAACAAUGACUGCAAUCUGGACGACGUAGAGUUGAAUGGAUUGCUUCAAACCGUCCUAAACGCAAACCCUGGGUCAGCGAUAUCCGUCAAAUCCUACACAAGUCCUGCGACUGGCCAAGAUGUGUUCCUGUUCAAUCACGGCAUUAGGACAAGGAAUAUUGAACUUGUUCGGACACUGAUUUUGGAGGAUGCCGAAGAGGCUUACCGAAUAGAAAAAUAUGGAUAUAACACAUGGUUGGGAAUAGUUAAAGAGCGGAAGAAUCGAUACGACCCAGAAACUCGCCAGUGGAAAUCCAUAUUAUAUCCGUCACAAUGGCGCCGACAUGGUCUUGUUUUACCCGAAGGCCAAGACAUCUUGCACCAGUGGUUCGUACGAUGCGAUAAUAAGAGAGCCUUUGGUCCACGAGAAAUCAUCGCAGAAGUAUCCUGCGGCCAAGAUGACAAGUGUGAAAAAUCCUCGAGCUGGGAGCCCGAGAGUGGCCCGCUAAUACAUGAUAAUUCUGUCAAGCGAUGGGUUGAGAUUGAUCCUGAUAAAGAGGGAGCUAGUCUCUCGAAGAAGUUCUACCCUUUUAUGAAAUUCUGGAUGAUUGAAGGUCCCCCGAAAUGGGAAUCGCCCCCGUGUGGACUUGUCAAAAGCAGAAUCCGCCUUCUCUGUCAGAGACAUAUUUCCAAGAAGCUUAAGUGUAUUGGUGGCGAGUUCACAAUGCUCAUUGAUAGAGGAUGUGCUCUUCGUGAUGACAUUCACCGAUGUGAUGAGAAAACUGUCUGUGAGGGGUAUCUUGAUUGGGUCCAGGCCAAAUUAGGCCUCCCAGUAGACAAGUUGACACCGACGCAAGUGCAUGAACUACGCAAACUACAUGCUGAUCUGACCUUGGCGUACGAGAAAGACAUAAAAGGCAUGGGAUCCUUCUACAAGCACGAACGCAGCGAGAAAAAAUGGAAAGAUGUGAUCUAUAACCACGUUGAUCUGUAUAAUAUGUUGUUCGACUGGGGAUUAAGGACCAUCCGUUACCCGGAAGGCCUUUCUGUCGUUCGAGCAGAGGAGUCCGUCAUCCAAUAG